CUGGGAGUGCAGGGAAGUGGAGGCCGCCCUCCAGCCCUGCUGCCUUGGGCGCCCAGAAAUCUGAGGUCAGGGAGCACAGCCAGCCCCCGGGGCUCUUGUCAGCUGGGACCAUGAACUGGUGGUGGCAGAUGUGGCUGGGCUUCCCGCUCCUCCUGACAGUCCCGUGCGGAGCCCUGGGGCCUGCAGGGCAGGAGGCAGCUGUGGAUUACCUGCUGCAGUUUGGGUACCUGCAGAAGCCUCUAGAAGGACCUGGUAACUUCAGGCCAGGAGAUGUCGCAGAGGCUCUGAGAGCUUUUCAGGAAGCGUCUGAGCUGCCAGUCUCAGGUCAGCUGGAUGACGCCACGAGGGCCCGCAUGCAGCUGCCUCGUUGUGGCCUGGAGGACCCCUUCAACCAGAAGACCCUCAAAUACCUAUUGCUGGGGCGAUGGAGGAAAAAACACCUGACCUUCCGCAUCUUGAACCUGCCCUCCGGCCUCUCAGCCCACAUAGCCCGGGCGGCCCUGCUUCGUGCCUUCAAGUACUGGAGCAGUGUGGCCCCCCUGACCUUCCGGGAGGUGCAGGCUGGCUGGGCCGACAUCCGCCUCUCCUUCCACGGCCGCCAGAGCCCAUACUGCUCCAACACCUUUGAUGGGCCUGGGCGGGUGCUGGCCCACGCCGACAUCCCUGAGCUGGGCAGCGUACACUUCGACGAAGAUGAACUCUGGACUGAGGGGACCUAUCGGGGGGUGAACCUGCGCAUCAUCGCCACCCAUGAGCUGGGCCAUGCCCUGGGACUCGGCCACUCCCGCUACACGCAGGCGCUCAUGGCUCCGGUCUACGCUGGGUACCGACCCCACUUCAAGCUGCACCCGGAUGACGUGGCAGGCAUCCAGGCUCUCUACGGCAAGAAGAGCCCAGAGACAAGGGAUGAGGAGGAAGAGAUGGAGGUGCCCACUGUACCCCCGGUGCCCAGAGAGCCCAGUCCUAUGCCAAGCCCCUGCAGUGGUGAACUGGACGCCAUGAUGCUGGGGCCCCGUGGGAAGACCUAUGCCUUCAAGGGAGACUACGUGUGGACGGUGACAGACUCAGGGCGGGGCCCCAUGUUCCUAGUGUCUGACCUUUGGGAGGGGCUCCCGGGAAAAGUGGAUGCUGCUGUCUACUCUCCUCGAACACAGUGGAUUCACUUCUUUAAGGGAGACAAGGUGUGGCGCUAUAUUAAUUUCAAGAUGUCUCCCGGUUUCCCCAAGAAACUGAAUAAGGUAGAACCCAACUUGGAUGCAGCUCUCUAUUGGCCUGUCAACCAAAAGGUGUUCCUCUUUAAGGGCUCUGGAUACUGGCAGUGGGAUGAGCUGGCGCCAACUGACUUCAGCCGCUACCCUAAACCAAUCAAGGAGCUCUUCACUGGAGUACCGAACCAGCCCUCGGCCGCCAUGAGCUGGCGGGAUGGCCGAGUCUAUUUCUUCAAGGACAAAAAGUACUGGCGCCUCAACCGGCAGCUUCGGGUAGAGAAAGGCUAUCCAAGAAACACCGCCCACAACUGGAUGCAUUGUCGUCCUCGCACCCCCAGCACUACAUCAGCUGGGGACACCACUCCCUUGGCCGUGGAUACCAUCUCGAACACUGGCGCAGUCUUGGACAUUACUUCCUCAGCCACAGACUCCACUAUGCUUUCACUACCUGCUGAUGUCACCUUUCCAGAGGCCUAAGACCGAAUCAGAUGUUUAUUAGAACUAUAGCGGGGUCAUGAACUAGACCUCCAGCCUCUGAAAGUUUCGACUCCAGCCACUACUCUCCUGAGAGGUGAUUCCUUUACCCACACUCCAGCCAGUGUCUCAUUGUAGACAGUCUUAGAAAUCACUUCCAACUGUGUCAUCUCUCUGGAAGACAGUGGUGGAAGGGUGUGUCAAUCAGGCCCUUAGCUGACAGGACGAGGCAGCUGCGGAAGCUGGAUACCUGGGUUCUGUUCAUCCUAGAUAAAGUGCAAGAAAAUAGUAUGGCCAGUAAAAUGAUUUGUUUUGAGCUCACUUUAUAGCCCAGGCUGGUCUCAAACUCGCAACGGUCCUCCUGCCUCAGCCUCCCGAGUGCUGGGGUUACAGGCGUGUGCCACCACGCCCGGCUCUGGCCAGUAAAAUGAGCAAGGGCUUUGGACUUCUCGAGAAUCACAUUUGCCUGCUUGCCACUUGGGCCCACUAAUUCACCUCACUGACGCCUGGAUUGUCCAUUAGCAAAGCAAAGUUAAUACCAACCCUGCACAGAUGUUGCACGACAUGAAAUACUGUGUGUAGACAAAGUGUCUCGCAAGUCUGUGGUUAAUAAAGGCCAAUUCCGUGUUUCUAA